UUUUCUCGGACUUGUGCUUUGUACCGUUUCUGUACGGCUUCAAUUCAAUGAACCUGAGAACAGCUGUUUCUCCUGAAUAAAAUAACCCGUCUUCCCCCUGUUAUCAAUGUAAUUCAACACUUAUCAGGACAAAUAAUGGUGUCGAGUUCAAUUCGUGGAGUGAUGAGUUUAUAACAUCGGGAUUCCUCUUCCCUUAAAAAAAUGUUAUCGGCCUUCAAACGCCUUGCGGGUAAGCACGAUGCGCUCCCGAGCCCCUCGCCGCGUCCGGCGCACCAGACGAUGCCGUCGACGCUGCAGCGAAAAUUCGCAAAAGGUGUCCAAUACAACAUGAAGAUAAUAAUAAAGGGCGACAGGAACGUCGGCAAGACGUGUCUGUUCCACCGCCUCCAGGGUCAGAAGUUCAUCGAGGAGUACCUCCCCACAGAGGAGAUCCAGGUGGCGUCAAUCCAGUGGAACUACAAGGCCACCGACGACGUGGUGAAGGUGGAGGUCUGGGACGUGGUGGACAGAGGAAGACGACGAAAGAAGCUCGACGGUUUAAAAAUGGACAACUCCCCGGGCGAGGGAGUGCUGGAGGAGCCAGCCCUCGACGCCGAGUUCCUGGACGUCUACAAAGCCACCAACGGAGUCAUAAUAAUGAUGGACAUAACAAAACCCUGGACCUUCGACUACGUCCAGAGGGAGCUCCCGAAGAUUCCCGAGCACAUUCCCGUUAUCGUCCUGGCGAAUCACUGCGACAUGUCCCACCACCGAGCCAUCACCUCGGACAAGAUGACGUACUUCAUCGACUCGUUGAAGGGGAGGACGACCCAGGUGAGGUACGCCGAGUCGUCGAUGAGAAACGGUUUCGGCCUGAAACUCCUCCACAAGUUCUUCAACCUGCCCUUCCUCCAGCUGCAGCGAGAGACCCUGCUGAAGCAGCUGGAGACCAACGAGGAGGAGACGCAGCUGACGUGCCAGGAGCUCGACCUCUUCCAGGAGAGCGACGACGCCGAUUACGAUAAAUUCCUGGACAACCUCGUGCACCGAAGACGAGUUAUCGCAGACUCGACUUCAGCGACUGUUCUAGUCCCGAACGUAACGUCAUCUCUGAGCACUCAUCACCACCCACAGGGGCCCAGCAGUGGCAGCUCGUCGACGCCGGAGGUCAGGAGGUCCUCGAUAUCGAGGCCGAUGGGGGGAGGGACCCCCAUCCCCGUGAAGCAGCUGGAGAGGAUCCCCAGGAGGUCCAGUGGCCUCAGUAAAUCGAGCUCUGGGAUUAAUUCUCCUCCUGGGGAGGCUGUCGACGCUGAGGGCGUUGAGCACGCUGGGAAGAGGGUGGAGGGCGCCCUGAUGAGUGUCGAGGACUUUGUCCCUGACGAUGGGAAGCUGGACAGGUCGUUCUUGGAGGACAGCCAGUCCUCCCCGUUGAAGAGUCAGAAGAUGAACGCCGACACUGACAGUGACACAGAGACUGGCAAUCCCCUGGUCGCUGGGUACGAGGACGAUCUGUCCUCUGGGGAUGAGACUGCUGUCCCUGUGGAGCCCAGACUCGUGGAGAACCCCCUCAGCAGGCGGAGUAAGAGGGCGGAGGAGAAGGGCGAGGCCGAGGGGAAGAAGAGGGACUCGAUAUCGUCGAGUGAGGAGCUGGGGAACUCCAAUGGGGCCCUCUCGGGGGCCAACAGUCAGCAGGAUGGCUCUGAAGCCUUCGACAGCUGGCUCGCCAGGGACUCCAAGUGGAGGCAGAGCCCUGAAGGUGGGGAGGACGUCGCCAGCAUCGGGACUAGGAAAGAUAAACUCGAGUUGAGCGACAAGAGCCUCGACGUCAGUGUCACCAGCUCUAACGUCCAUUUGGAACUCUUGGAUGGCCUGAGCAUACGCAGGGGAGACUCCAACUCCAGCAGCCCGGUGUUGAAGGAGAAGAAGAAACAUAGAGAAGUGGGAGAGGAGAAGGAAAAAAGACGGAAGAAGAAGAAUAAGGAUAAGGACAAAGACAAAGAGAAAGAUAAAUCAGAGAAGAGCGAGAGGAGGAAGAAGAGAUCCCACCAUCGAUCGAGAAACGAGGACAACGGUCGAGACGAACUCGAGGAAUUUCUGAAUGGAUCGACCACUCGUACACCCGUUGACAUGGCCUACGAGGCACUUUAACCAACUUUUCGUCUCGAAGACGUCGUCCUACUGCUUAUCGAUGUAUCCUGAAUUGUUAUAUGAAAUUACAAAUUGUGGAGAAGACAAUUAUUAAGAGGAAACGAGAAAUUCCAGAACUGCUGUGUCCGACACACUCUUUAAUCAGUAACUCUGUCCUAAAUUCUGAUUAUGUUCAUUUACUAGAUUGUUUUUGAUUCACUUUGAGUAUUGAAACGCUUAUUUUCAUUUUUAUUAUUGUUAUUUAUCAUUAAUGAUCUCUAUAAUCGAAAAAAGUCUAUUAUUCAUUUCUA